CAGAACAAGAAGAAGAAGACACCGGAAGUAUAGAGCGUCUGCGUGCAUGUUACAUCCGGAGAGGAUUCUGAUCAGAUGGAAGUGACCUCAGCAAACAGGAAGUGCCCUGCUGUCACAGGAAGUAGCCGAAAGAUCAAAGACAACGCAGCCGACUGGCACAACCUGAUGCUGCGCUGGGAGAAACUGAACGAGGACGGCUUCACAGCCGCCGGAAACAUCACGGCUAUCACCCUCACACGCUCUCAGAGCGAUCAGCGUCUGCUGCUGGACGACCCCCCCUCCCUCCCGGACGACCCCCCCGCCCCCCCGUCGUCCCUGUCUCAGCAGUCAGGGGGCGCUGCAGAGCUGCAGGAAGAAUGCUGCAAACUGCAGGACGUCGUCCAUAAAAUGGUCGCCGUGGUGACAAAAAUGGAGCGUCUGAUGACAUCACAGCGAGGUGUUCAGGAUCUGGAGGAGUUUCAGUUCGGACCUGAAGGAAGAACGGUUCCUCUGUUUCACAGCUGGAGCACCAAACACUUCAAUGAAGCGUGUGGUCUCCUGCUGGCGUCCUUCCAGCAGGAGCUGCGGUUGAAGCAGAUGAUCCUGCAGGAAGUGGGUCACACGGUGACCUCUGACCUCUGCAUGGUCUACCUGUCCUGCUGGCUGCAGCAGCCGUUCCUCCCCCCCCAGACCAGACUCACACUGGAGGCUCUGCUGCUGGAGACCGGACACCGCCCUCUAUAACCCCCUCUAUACCCCCCCACUAU